AUGCAGUACGCACAUGCGGUAGUCGAUUACGGACUGCAGAAUGCGAAGCUCGUGCAACAACGUCAAGUAGGCUGGCUCACGAAGAAUCGCAAGACGGGCGAGCUCGUGCGCGAGCAGAUGCCGCUCAUGAAGAAGGCACGAAUGCUGCUACUGUUCAACCCCGUCACGGAAUGGGUGGACAGGACGCACCUAUUUCGCUACUUCUUGCACGAAAAGACGGACCACUCGAAAAGCAAGGAGGAGGAUCCGCGAUCAAGGGAGCAGAUCAAGGCCUUUGUGGAUUAUUACAAGAUUGAUAUGAGCCAAUUCGAGCCGUCGGAUCUCAACGCGUACAAGAGCUUCCAAGACUUCUUCAUCCGACACCUUAAACCCGGGACGCGCCCCAUAGCAUUCCCAGAUGACCCUUCAAUAGCAGUUUGCGUCGCGGACUGCCGCAUGGUCGUAUACGACACCGUCGAUGACGCGCACAAGCUCUGGAUUAAGGGCCGCAACUUCUCCAUCGCGCAGUUGAUUCAGGACAAAGUCGCAGCGCGUCCCUGGGCAAAUGGCGCCGUGGCGUCCUUUCGCCUUAGUCCCCAGGACUACCACCGCUACCACUCGCCCGUGCGCGGCCUCGUCAGGUGGUGGAAGGAGCUCGAUGGAGAUUACUACUCGGUUGACCCGAUCUGCAUUCGCAGCGACAUCGAUGUCCUCGCCGCCAAUGCUCGCAGCGCAUUCUGCCUCUCGACUAAAGAGUUUGGCGACGUACUCUUCGUUGCGAUCGGGGCACUCGAGGUUGGCACCGUCACACUCUCUCCCAAAAUCACUUCGGUACUUCCGGGCUCGCAGGCGCCGAGGCAGGAGGUUGUCAUCGAGAAGGGCGAGGAAGUCGGCUUCUUCGAGUUCGGGGGUAGUAGUAUUGUGGUGGCUUUCGAGCCAGGGCGAAUACGGUUUGACGAGGACUUGAAGGAGGCCAGUAGAGACUUGAUUGAGAUCGACGUUGAGAUGGGGAUGCAGAUCGGGAGGGAGACGGCCCCAAAUCUGUGA